AGCCUUUGUAAUAGAGGUUGCCGUUUUGAUAACUUUGCCGUCCUGAUAAUUUUAAUAUUGUCUCUAACAAAACAAAAACGAAAAACACUUCGGUGUUUAGGGCGCAUCUUUGCGUGCUGCAUAAAAGAAUGUUUUGCGUGUAGCUUACCUCUUUUGAUUUCUGGGGAGGUUGUGUCGCAUUGCUUUAAUUCCCCAAGGCGAGACAAUCCAAUCCACCGUAGGGAGCCAUGUUGAACUUUAAUGUCGCGAUCUACUGUUGCAAAGUUGGUUUGUUUUGGAAUUUGCGGCACGCUUUCAUUGGUGCUGUUUGAGGCUUCAGCUGGUUACGAUCUGUGUGUUCUGAGCCCGCGAGUUCCCUGAACCUCUCUAGCAUAAACCUGCUUGCAUGGGCAGAAAAGAGCUCGUCGAGUAGCGCGGGAUCCAUUCGAUCCUCUGCUCCAGCGGUCAACAGCCGCAGGUAAGAGCAAAGAACUGCCCAUUCCUGUUUAAUAAUGAUAGUAAUAUUCUUUAAUGACUCAGGAGACCCAUGGAACCGUAGUUUUCUCUCUCUCGCGUCUCGCACACGCUUACCUUUGCGACCCAUAGCGCAUAUCGUCUCCGCGUCUCUUUUUGCGAACCCUUUUGUCCAGUGCAGCGGGUCCGACUGUGGGGUUACGCGCACCUUUCGACAGCCGUGCACCUCGCCGACAGAUAGCGCCUGUAGGAAUGUAGUUAAAAAGUGCUGCGUCUCCAAAUGUGGUGCCUGUGGUUUACGGCAAAAAAAAAAAAAAAACAAAAAAAAACUCCCUUUUUUUUUCUUUUUUUUAUUACGUAGGGGGUUGCCUUUAGGCAUAAAUGUCUUAUAUGUAUGCUACAAGGCCUGUGGUAUGAGUGAAUUGAAGCAAUGUUUUGUGACAGUGGUUGUCGUGCAGCCACUAUUGGCCUACGGAUCCCCAUGUGGCGGGUUCGAAUUCCGGCCGAGGUGCCCACAAUCUGACGGAGGCUUAUUGCGGAAAAGGUGCCGUGUAACCGAGCUUUCGGUUGCACGUCAAAAGAUCCCCAGGUAGUCAAAAAUAAUCCUCAGUCCUCCGCUGGGGCGUGCCAGAUGCCCGUCGUUGGUUUGGCACGUAAAACCCUCAAAUUUGACUUUGAUGGUACCUGGUGGGUGCAUUGUGUUGGAGACCUGCAGCUAUAAGUAGGUGAGUGCUCUCAGUCUGUAACCCAGGACAAGUCCAUAUCAGGUGACGCACAUCCGCUUCCAUCGCGUUUAGGGGACACUUGGGGCAUGUCGCCCGUCGUGUACCGGGUUGAGAGCUCCAUGUGUAGGUCACAGCCGGUGUAAGGGCCACCCCAGCCCGCAGUCUCCGAAGCACUUCCUCCACCCAGACUCAGGGAGGAAUAAGAGUGCGUGUGUCCUGCCGGAGAGAGUGUUUACGGGCGUGGAGGAGGGAAAGAGGUUCAAACGGGAGGGGGAGGGAAGAGAGAUUGGGAUCAGAAGGAAGACGGAGAUAAGCUCACCGGAGAUAGGCUCACCUGAGCACGACCUACUUUAACCCUGACCUGCCCAAAGAUUAGCUCGUGCCGUUACUUUAAAGCAUGGAUUGAACAUGCACCUGCUGGGCCCGCUCCCCGUAGCGUACGAUCUACUGAAGCUCUCUAUUAUCUGAUUGGUGGCACAGGUCGAGGGGAGGAUGAAUAUUUUAUACUCUUUUGGGUGACGCUUAGAAUGGAAGGUGCGUGCACCCGUUUACAAAGAGAUGCCUCCGUUGUAGGGAUCGUAGCUCCAAAGAAUAAAUCUCUAGAUAUAUAACUUUAUGUUAAAUAAAUGUUAGAAAAGAAAAAAAACAAAUACUGGCUAGGUGGCGGAAGCCGCUGCCCGAUUCAAAAGGGUUCAGCCUCAUCUAUCUAUCUAUCAAUCCAUCCAUCUGCAACUCAUAAGCGGUUCACAGAGCCUGUCUAGCGCACGGGCUCACGCGAAAUCGGGCAGGGGACACUUUAUUUUUCAUUAUUUUACCUGGUCCCUACAUCAAAAUCUGUCUAGCGCAUGUUCCGCACGGCACGGGCGGCUGGUGAUAUUUGAUUACUGUUUUAAAGCAAUAGCUUUACUGGUGACAUGUUGUAUGGAUUUCGGUGUGGGCGUUUGUUGUCCGUCGUCGUAGCAGAGAUGAAAAAACCCUUCUCUCCCUUUAUGGCAUGAAGAGAGAAAAGUUGUGUGUUCCCAUUGCCCGCUCUGCACAAAGAGGGAGGAGAGAGCGGCCCUGACAUCUGUAAAAGAAAAUGCAGUAGUACGAUUGCAGCAUAAAAAUGGUUGAGUAAACAAAAGGAGUACUACUUUGAUAUUACAAUCACGUACCAUAGUCAUCUUUACAACCCAGCAAUGCAUGCCUAAUUUGCAGGGAUUUCAAAAUUGCCCCCUCUGGCUGUGUAGUUCAUGAACUGUCAGACCUCAAUGAAGUGCGAACGGCGGAAUGCGGGAGUUGCGAUACAUGUGGCACCACCUGGAGACCCCUGGGAACUUGUAAAAAUGCCUGGUGGACAUGGGACGGUUCACAUAGAAAUAUUGCGCCUCUAAUGGCCUGCUGUAGCUUCGGAUGGCUCCGAGUUGUUCAAGCUGCACAUUCAUCUCGAUCGUGACUUUAUCACUCACCCUAGCAGUUCGUGUUGCAGCGCUAGGAUCUAGGCAGUGACUCGUCAGCAACGCGGAAAUUGCUGGCAAAAAUUUUCGUGUCCAAAGCAGGCUUCGGAUGCACAUCUGGGUCCGCUGCAGGCAUCGAGAACUCCGUCAUUGUUUGGUGCUACAACGCACGAUAGUGAAGAAAGCGUCAUCCUGCAGCCAUCGGCUGACGUGCAGUCUGUUCGCUAAUAGUGCUUGCUCAUUUCCCUUGUUUCUAAGGCCUUUCGCUUAGCUUGGCUUUCUUUUUUGUGUAUCAAUAUUUUUAGGGCUGUCGCAUAAUAUUUUCUUUCUGAGCAGGCAAAGAGGCACGCUGUCCUUGCAAGCUGUCGGGCAUCACUCCUUUGCUGCCCCGGUGAACAGUGCCAGAGGAGGUACCCACGUCUCCAAUGGACGAAAGCGCACACUGGGAGGAUGGUGGCGGAAUGCCCGCUUCUAGUCUUUUCCUUGAGGGACACUCAAACAGCGCUUUUAAAGUUAAAGAAGAGCAAGAUGAAGAGUCUGCCAUUUCGACUUCCUCGGCCUGGCAUUGUGGAGACGUGGGUGAUCCCUUCAUUUCCCACGGGCACAUUUGUGAAGUCAAAACCACAUUCAUAGUUGUGAAGAAAGAGCCAGAGGAUGUACCAUCUAAUUCGGCGGACGAAGGCGUGCUCUCUUACGACUGCGGCGAUAUGUGCGGAUUUCCACCGCAACCUGAGGGAUACAGGGAAAGUGGCAUUUUAGUCAAGAAAGAACCUGAGGAUGUACCGCCUGUUUGGGCUGAAAGCGUGCUACCUGACAAUGGCGGCAGCAUGUCUGAAUGUCCACUGCAACCGGAGGCACACGGGGACACUAUCAUUGCAGUUAAGGAAGAGCCAACUGAUGUGGAAUGGCAGAGUUCCAACCACGAGGAGAGCAGCAGCUCUUUUGCCCGCAAGCAGUGGGACCAGGGACAGCAGGAGGAACAGUACGAGCCCAAGAGCUACGACUGCCGCUUCUGCCCUUUCUCCAGCUUCAUCAAAAGCAAGGUUGCCGUUCACGAAAGGACACACAAGGAACAGCCGAACUUCACCUGCAACCACUGCCAAAUGGCAUUCACCACCAGGGAGAGUUUGAAUGUUCAUGCAAGCACUUUCGGUGGCAGAGCACACUUCAAAUGCUCUGGUUGCUCACGAAUAUUUCUGCGGAAGGGUCGCUUGCUUGCCCACCAAAAUAAUUAUCAUGUACAUGGAAAGCCUUACGAAGGCAACACUUGCAGCAAACGAUCCCCGUCGAAAAGCAGCGUCACACGUCACCAAGAUGUACAUGUGGACACAAAUCGCAUUAAAUGUGCCACAUAUCAGCGGACAUUUGAGUCGGAGAAAAACUCGAAGCACCUCAGCCACAAUGUCUGCGAGGAGAUAGAUGUUCAUCAGAGCACCGAUGUUGAUGAAAGGCCUUUUCAGUGCUCCAAAUGCCCCAAAGCUUUUAGAGAAAAAUGUCACUUGGCUACUCAUCAAAGGUCUCACGUGGAUGAAAGGCCCUUUAAAUGCCCCAGAUGUGCUAAAGCAUUUCAGACAAAGUCUCGUAUGACUGCUCAUAUGGUAACAAGGCCUUUUAAAUGUCCCUUCUGCUCUAAAACAUUUCAUUUGAGGUGUGGUUUGACAGCUCAUAAAGGAGUUCACAUGACUGAAAGACCCUUUAAAUGCCCUUUGUGCCCUAAAGCAUUUAAAAAAAAGUGUCACUUGACUGGUCAUAAAAUAACUCACACGCCCGUUAGGCGCUUUAAAUGUGCCCUCUGCCCUAAGAGAUUUCUAACAAAGUCGAAUUUGACUACUCAUAAGGUAACUCACGUAGACGAAAAGCCCUUUAAAUGUGCCACCUGCCUUAAGGUAUUUAGAACCAAGUUUAAUUUGAGCAAUCAUGAGAUGAUUCACACAGGUAAAAAGCCCUUUAAAUGUACCACCUGCUUUAAGUCAUAUCAAAAUAGGAGUGGCUUGAGAAAUCAUGAACGGAGUCACACCAAUGAAAGGCCCUUUAAGUGUGUCACAUGCCACAAAACAUUUGCAACCACGUCUACUUUGUAUAGACAUGAGCUAGUUCACAGUGAUGACAGGCCCUUUAGAUGUCCUGCAUGCCCUAGAGCAUUUCGGACCAAGUCUUGUUUGACUAGACAUGAGAUGGUUCACACAGAUGAAAAACCCUUUAAAUGUCCCUUCUGUCCUAAAGCAUUUCCUAGGAAGUCUUCCUUGACACAUCACGAAUGGGUUCACAGGGGGGAAAAGCCCUUCCAGUGUACUUCCUGCGACAAAGCCUAUCGAAGAAAAAGCCACUUAACUAAACAUGAAAAAGCUCAUGAGGUUUUCAUAGAGAAGCCAGCUGUAUAAGAAGGUUCAGCAAUAAGUGAUGAGGAAAUCGCUUUCAAUGCCACACCUGCCCUCAUGCCUUUUGAAGAAAGUGGUAAAUUACUAUUCAGGAAAGGAUGAUGUGUGGAUGAAAGGCACUUUAAAGGUCCCAGCUGCCUUAAAAGGCCCCUGAAAAGAAAAAAAAAUUAAAUAUUUUUGAACAGUCUGGUUUGGACACGCUUGUCAAAAAAUUAAUUUUAUGCAAAAUAAAUUUUUUUUUUUAUAGCGAUAUUGACAGCGCGAGACGCGAUUUAGUCGGCAGUCUCCUCCUUUCCGCUUGUUUUCUCUCGGCAUUUCCGGCGCGUGGAGGAGAGGUGGAGCGGCUUGGCCUUCACGACCGUGAUGGUCGACCUUUCCGGAAUGACCUGCGAUGUCAUGGAUUUCGCGCGCAUAAUUUAAAAUAAAUCUCUCCAUCGAUAUUGCUCUAAAAAUCAUUUUUUUUUCACGUAAAAUUUAUUUUUUGACACGCAGGUCCCAACUAGACUGCUUAAAAAAAAACUUUUUUUUUUUUUGUUCAGGGCCCGUUUAAGGAUAGGAAAAAAAAAAAAGAGAUACACCUUUCAUAGCCCUCAUACUUUAUUCUUUUUGUUUCAAAUAUUUUUUAACUGCUCGUAAAGGUGCACGACGGGGUUCUCAUAUAGUGGCAGGGCGGGCAUGUUAGCAAUAUAUAGGCACCACUGGAAUGCUGGCAAACCUUGAACACACUUUAUGUUCCUUUCUAUUGUUAUUUUGCUUAGAAUUGUCGCUCGUUUUUUUACAUACCUGUGGGAAAGAGGUUUUUGGCUUGAAAUAAAGCUUCGUUCAGUGGUAAACAAAAUUGCCGUAACUAAAGAAAUUACACUUUUACAAUGUUAAUAAAGGGACAUACUAGUUGGUUUAACCCAAAUGACAAAGUUAUCUAUGUUAUUUUCUGUAGGAGAGACAAAAUGCUUGCGCGUUUUUCCUUAGGAAUUCACCAGAGCUCCGCAAAAGUAGACUGGUUACUGUCUGCUUCAAUUUCUAUCCUGAAAGUCUCAUAGACACUAGCACCAGUUGAACCUCUGGCGUACAUUAUAAGAACUCUGUGGUACACGGUGCUUGAGUAGACACCUGAGGCCAAAUUCAUGAAGAGCUUCUUAGUUUACAACAACUUAGGUAAGAAGUUUGUAAGUUACGAAUAUCGCAAGAAGAGGAGAAAUCGGUAUCCACGAACACGUUCUUAAGUGAGAGGAGGAAAGCGACGUUCUUGUACAGAAAAACUAGAACUUAUCGAUGCUGUUCCUAUAGCGACGGCGUCUUCGGCAGCGCAGACAACCAAUCGGAGAGCUCGGCAUGGUUCGGAGCAGUUCGGAGCACAUGGAUUUUUAAUAACAAAAACAGGCUACCUUUCUGCCACCGCUUGUCUGCGGUUCGUAUCCAUACAGUGAUAUGCCGACGCUAACACGAUUUUAACGUGCCCGAUUGGUGAGGCCGGGAUGCGUAACCACCUUUGUGCACUGCUACAAACUAGAUAGCUACGAAGUCAACACAACUCUCAUCGUUGGUAAAAGACGGCCCGUGCAAGUCAUUUGCAAAGCGAUGUAGAUGGAAACAAAUCGCCGCGGCGUUUUUCGCGGCCUGGGAGAUGCAGGAGCGAGCCGACACUCAAAACGAUAUGUUUGGACAACGAGUGUGUCAGCAAGAGUCGUGUAAAUACGUGUUCACACUCGGGGCGGACGCGCACGUUUGAUCGAAGUGCUGGAUUCGCGCGGUUGGACCGUGAAUUGGUAAGCGCUUCGGGACCAAUCUUUUACGAUUGCAACUCAAUACUGACGUGACACUCGGCAAAGAAAGGUUGGACCGGCAUUGUGUAGCUCCCACGAACUGUUACAGCUCAACAGUGAGGUACAGUCAUGUCAGAAUAAAAAUGGCAUACUUAUGACAAAUUGGACAUACCGUGUUGCGAAGGUAAUCCAUACAGUGUUUAUUUAAUCUCUAUAUCACACGAAACAAGGAUAUAGAACCAAUGAGAGUCCCUUUUCUACGACAGCGUUAGUCACCGCUGCCUCGAAAAGCAAGGAGCUGACAAGGGGAAGAGAUUGACCUCUUCAUCUAAAAUUGAGGUCAGCAAUCAAACUAUAAUAUGGGAAGGGUCCAAAAGGGUCGUGCAAGCAUAUUCCAUUCAGCAAGCUAGCCAGUUGUGGGCAGACGGUCUUGGCCAAGGAUCAUCGAAGCAACUCUACACCGAGUCGGAGUGCCUGCUAGGCCUAUAUUCUGCCGAGCUCGCUUGCUCGGGGUCAGUGGAAUCAUGGCCGUUGUAGCUUUUCCCGGGUAUUUGUGGAUCCAGCGUUCUUGUUCGUCAUGGUCUGUUUCAAGUACUUCUUUCUUUUUUCUUGCUGCUUGAAGUCGGGACGCGCGAGAAAAGCACGUAGAAAAAUAAACGUCCGUUGGUCGUCGCGACCAAGUAAUUAGCUGAGUGGCGCUGUCGACCAUGCUGAUUUGAUCAUAAAAAAUGUGUAAGACGGCUCCGAAGCUGUCGUAGGAUUCGUGGUAACCUGCGCAAAACUUACGAGAAUUUUGUUUCGUGAAUACGAAUUUGUUCUUACGUUUUGUCGUACACACAUUUUUGCCGUAAGAUCGUUUCGUGAAUCUGGCCUCAGAUGAUAGAUAGUGCUGAAAGAUCCUUUCAAUGCCCAACUUGCCUAGAGUCAGUUUAAAGAAAGUGUUGAUUAAGUAUAAAGUAAUUUUUAAAUUUGAAAUAUUCUACAUCUGUGAAAAAUGUUCCAAAGCAUUUGGGCAGAAUCAGGACUUAUGCACAAGGCUUCUUUUAUAGACCAUUCCACUUGGAUUUUUUUAGAAGACAGGGAAAUGGAUUCGUGACGUUUGGGCAGUUUUGGCGGUACAGCCCGCCGGAACUGCCCAGACGUUGGGAACGGCCACUUUGUCGUCUGCUAUCAGGAUCGGGUGCGUGCCCUCUAUCUUUUACCGCUUUGAAUCCGUCAAGAGUAACUGGUUUGUCAUCUGCUAUCGUAAUGCGGUGUAUGCCUUUUCCAUCUUUUACCCUGCCGAAUCAGUCGAAAUGCCCGGAUAUAUGUAGGUGGCCCCUCAGUCGAACGAAAUGGCACCUCCUAGACAGCCCUUAGUGGAAUGGUGUAUGUGCCUGGAGCCAUAUUAAAAUGGCCGAUCCACCCAUUCGUGUUCCCUUUGGUAGUUUGAACAUUCACAAGACUUCAGAAAGGUAAAAGGCUAUUUAUGUGCCAAUGCAUGAAAAGGCAUUUUUAAAUAAAGGGUGUGUUGUGGCUCUUCAACUGAGCGAUAUGCCGUAAACUCCAUUCAAAUGCCACAAGCCCUCGGAACGUUCUGCAUUCCAAUGACUGUCGGUGCGUUACACUUGGUACCAUACAGUGUCCCUGCUCCUUUUAAUUGCACGCUAGCAAUGCAUGCCACAGUGAUGUAAAAUGUUUUACCAAUGUGCAAGAAUAUGUUAGUACAGCAUGUGCGUAGCCCCGUUGUCGUGGUUCAAGACUACUGUUUCCUGUGUAAUCUUCAAAUGAAUCGAUGACAAGCUGGAGAAAAUUUGAGCCCUGGAGCCUUCGCUUAGGUGUAUAUAUUGUACAUAUGUGCUGGACAAAUAUUUUAAUAAAUAUGGUGCUUUUUUUUUCAGUCACCCAUGUACAUUUUUGCGUAAUAAAAUAUGUAUAAAUAUAUAUAUAUAUAU